GUCAGUGUUAAAGGAAAGACUGUCUGCUUCUAUCAAAGCUGAACAUCCCCAAAGGUUUGUUAGCCGGGCACAAGUGUUCAGCUUCAAUAAUCUGUUAUGCAAUGGAUUUUCUGCAAGUAUCUGAGUUUAUGUGUGUGAGAAGAUAUAUUAGUACCUGCCAGUGCAUCAUGAUUUCACCUCUUUGAAGGUACAGUACUUGGAUGGGAUUAUGCAGUUUCAGGUUUGACAAGACAGCAUCGUCUUUCUCUUGUUGUUUUGCAGGAACCACUCUGAACCUGACUUGCAGAGCAUUCUUCGGCUACAGCGGCGACGUCAGCCCGCUCAUCUACUGGAUGAAGGGAGAGAAGUUCAUAGAGGACCUGGACGAAGAGAGAGUCCAGGAGAGCGAGAUCAAAGUCAUCAAGGAGCAUCUCGGUGAACAAGAAGUAGCCAUCUCCCUGACUAUUGACUCUUUGGAGGAGGAGGACUUGGGAAAUUAUUCCUGUUAUGUGGAAAAUGGCAACGGUCGCCGUCAAGCAACUAUCCAGCUGUUCAGACGGGAGCUCAUGUACACAGUGGAGCUGGCAGGAGGCCUGGGAGCCAUCCUGCUGCUGCUCAUCUUUCUCAUCUCCCUCUACAAAUGCUACAAGAUCGAGCUGAUGCUGUUCUAUAGGAGGCACUUUGGCAGCGAGGACGUUGAUGGAGAAAACAAAGACUAUGAUGCGUACCUGUCCUACACCAAAGUGGACCCCGAUCAGUGGAGUCAGGAGACCCGAGAGGAGGAGCGCUUCGCCCUGGAGAUCCUCCCCGACGUCCUGGAGAAGCACUACGGCUACAAGCUCUUCAUCCCAGACCGGGACCUCAUCCCAACAGGAAGUCUGACCAAUGAGCAUUACCCGGAUGACACGCGGCUGUUUAGAGCCUACAUAGAGGACGUGGCGCGCUGCGUGGACCAGAGCAAGCGCCUCAUCAUCGUCAUGACGCCCAACUACGUGGUGCGGCGCGGCUGGAGCAUCUUCGAGCUGGAGACGCGGCUGCGCAACAUGCUGGUGACGGGCGAGAUCAAGGUCAUCCUGAUCGAGUGCGCCGAGCUGCGCGGCAUCAUGAACUACCAGGAGGUGGAGGCGCUCAAGCACACCAUCAAAACCCUCACCGUCAUCAAGUGGCGCGGCCCCAAGAGCAACAAGCUCAGCUCCAAGUUCUGGAAGCAGCUGCAGUACGAGAUGCCGUUCCGACGCACAGAGCCCAUGCUCGGCCACGAGCCGGCGCUGGACGUCAGCGAGCAGGGCCCCUUCGGCGAGCUGCAGACCGUGUCCGCCAUCUCCAUGGCGGCGGCCACGUCCACCGCCAUGGCCACCGCCCACCCCGAGCUGCGCUCCUCCUUCCACAACACCUACCACACCACCAUGAGGCAGAAACACUACUACCGCAGCUACGAGUACGACAUCCCCCCGGGUGGGACGCUGCCGCCGCUCUCCUCCCUGGGCAACCAGCACACCUACUGCAACAUCCCGCUCACGCUGCUCAACGGACAGAGGCCGCCCGGGAAGAGCCGCGAGCACAGCCUGGAGGAGGCCCACGCCAACAACGCCAUGCUCCCGCUGCUGCCGCGCGAGACCAGCAUCUCCAGCGUCAUCUGGUAGCGGCGCGCGCGCUCGGCGCCGGCCGCGGGAGGCGUGAGGAGCGGCGAGGAGCGUGGCCCGCGGGCUCCGCGGCGCCGAGGAGCGCGGCGGAUCCGCUCGGGUUCUGCUGUUGUUCACCACCGGCGUGUGAUGGAGAUGCAGCAGCUCUUCGGACUCCAUUCGUUCUGUUUUUGUUAUUGCUUUUGAAGUGGACGGCUCCUCUGUGACGGGGAGGUUUUCUAUGUGACGCGACUGGAGAUACAAUGAAAACACUGUUUCAUCCAGUGGCAAGCGACGGACUUGCGAGGACUCCACCUUAAAGAACCGACACACUAUUGCAAUUGUGCACACACACACACACAAACACUUCCAAAUGUCAUACAUACAAACACAAGGAAAACAGGGUCUUGUACAUAUGUUUCAAUUUCUUUGUAGCAUCAGUGUUUUCCUGUUAUGUUCUUUUGUUUGUUUUAUUCAAUCAUGUUUGUUGCCUUCUCUACUGUAGGAAUUUGCUUUAACUUGUAAUACAGAUUUGUAUGUUUUGUUGUUUUCACUUUAGUUUACUUUUUGAUUUUUAUUUCGACACGCUUGUUCGGAAAGCCAGUAAAUCAUGUAUCUGCGCUGUUUCUUUUUCUUUCCCUUUUUGUGUUUUGUUUGUUUUUUAAACCUUUUGUGUAGUUUAAGAGAUCAUUUUUUUAACACUUUUGGAAUUGCCUGGACAUUUCAGGAGCUUCAAGGAGCUGUUUUGUUUACCUGUACAAGGUGUAUCUAGUUUAAAAGGAAACUCUCUUUUAAAAAAUUAUAGAAUAUGCAAAAAGAAGGAGGAGCUGGCAGCAAUCCUGUCGCGUGAGACAGCAAAGGAGGAGCGGUUGGGGGCAGUGCUGGUCCUCUCCAAUCAGAAAGACUGAUAGACUGGCAGAUCUCUCUAAAGCUUCAUAUUUUCUAUUGAAACAAGUGAUAGUGAAAUGCCUCACCUUAAAAGAAAUCUGUAGAUUAUUUUAAAAAGAAUUCUAUUUUUAUAACAGAAAUGAGUUUGCUUGAGAAGUCAUACUUAUUUGCAUUUCAUCUACCAUAGACGGGGGGAUUUGUGUAUAAGUGUUGGUUAUGCUGGUUUUGUAUCCUUGCAAUGUGGUUCUUGGUUUGUUAAGAGAUUAAGGUGGCGUUUGAAUCCCACAGGAAAAAAUAAGUCCUCUAUCAUUCUAGAUUCAAAAGUAAAGCAUUUUCAGUGUUUUGGUUUUUAAAACAUAAUAUUAUUCCCAUCCUGAUAAUUACUUUGGUUCAUACGAAUAGUUCAUGUUUAGGGAAAGAAAAAAUUUGUGUUUUGAAAGACUUUUUAAAUAUAUUUGAAGGUGUGAUUUUUGAGUAUGCAUAGCAAAUAGAUAUGUAUUCUAUAUAUAAUAUAGAUAUUUAUAUAAAUAUAUAAACACAAUUUUCACUUGGAAAGAAAUGUCUAUCUUUAUAGAAACACAAUCAUUAUCAGUUGCCCUUACUUUCUCACUGCACAUUAAAAACAUUGAUUUCC